AUGGCGCAGUCUUUAUUUGGAUACAGAAUACAUAGUACAGACAUUGGCGACCAUCGACCCCUACAAUCUUCAACAAUUAGUAAGAGUAGAAAUGUGGUGACAUUCAACAAUAAUUUAUAUCCAGAUUUAAAAUUAGGUACAGAUUCGAAAACUAAAGGAUACGAUAAAAACCAUAAAUACUUCUCAAAAUGUGAAGAAGGAAAGAUAUUAAACUGCAACGAAAGCAUUUUAAAAGCGAAUCAAGUCGAUGAACCAAAUGGACAACCGGUCUGUUUCCAUCUCGACAUGCAAACAUCGGACGAUGUAUUGAAAAACAAGAAGGAGAUUGUGACCAAUCAUGCUUCCAAUCUCAGAAGAGUAAACAUUCGUAGAAUGAAAAAAAUAACUAAGGACAAGUAUGAAACUGUGGGAGUCAUAUUUCACCACUAUCAUCUGUUACACAGGCCUGUCCACAGAUUGCCAUUUGAAUAA